AUGGCCAAGCAGCUCGCAUCAGUACUGUCGUACGCUUCGUGGUUCCGAAGCGCACGUCUCGGCAUGUCCAGCUUCGAACUACUCGCCCGCGGCUCGGGCUGUUUUGUACAUGGCGACAGUGAAGGCGCGAGCUUCGCGCACGCUGUUGUAUCAGCUCAUGUCGCGGCGCCACAACGCUUUCGACACUACUUCCCCCAAGGCUGGCUGCAAUACGUCCGCGACAUCGACUGCCGACAUGUGCUAGAGUUUCGUACGCUGGACGGUGCGUUACGGCUCGCGUGGCCCGUUCAUCGUAUCGGGCCGGGUGGCGCUACCCUGGAUCGAGACGUUCCAGCAGCACUGGAGGACGCGGACGCAUCUUUGCGCAUUCGGAACACGCACUUGUUGCCUAGCAGUACGUGCGUCCCGGCUACGUCAGCGGGUGCGCAUCAGAGUGGCAUCGCUGGGGCACCCUCGAUAGCGCCGGUGGAGGUGUUGGUAAUGGCGACACAUCAACGGACGUCGGCGGACUUACAGCUGCCACGCGAGCAUGCUCCGGGGGAUCCAUCGAUGGUGGUGUUCCAUCCCGCGGGUCAUGACGUUGCGAUGCUCCGCAUCCGAGAUCCACAAGCGAUGAUCGCUAGUCUCGGGGCCGAACCCCAUUCCUAUGGAAUGAGGAUUUCAACGGAGCAGUGCGCAUCGCCGGCCCCUGGCGUUCAAGUCCAGCUGAGUGGCUGGGAGCAGUCGCAGGGUCAAGGGCCCGAAGAACUCGAUGCCUUCGGGAAGGCGGCGCUCUAUUAUACAGAGAGGCGCGCGGUGCUCUGUGAUUUACACCCGAGCUUGCGGAUUUCAACACAUUUGGGCGAAGCCUGUGCAGGUCGGCAUAUGAUCGAGAGCAACGAGCGUCUGGAAUGGGGACUUUGCGGUGCCCCGGUGGUAGAGGUGUCAACAUUGAGCUCGAAGGCAGCGGCGAACGCAGAAGAUGCGGAUCCUCGCUUGAUCGGCAUCCUCGAAGGUCGAUGCAAGUGGUCCUCUUCACACAAGGCAGAUACUGACCUGGGACGUUUCGGUAUUCUCAUUUGUGCACGCCAUAUUCGUGCGCUACUGCUUGCAACGAGAUCGCGAGCGUGA